CGAAGGGAACGGGAGGAAUAGGGAAGGGAAGGGAAGGAAGGACAUGAUUUCAUGGCCCACACACAUGACUUUUUGGUUGGUUGGUGAUGUUGUCGUUGUUGUAGCUGCAUGCUGUGUGCGAGGGUUCACAUAGCCUUGGGGAGGAAAGGGGUUUUUAUCUAUUUUCCGUCUUGUUUUUCCACAGGGUCUUUGGGGCUUUUGCUGCUGCUGUUGCUGCUGCGUUCUUAUACCUGCUGCUGCGAUAGUAUGUACUGCUUUUUUUGGUCCUUUUUGUUUCCCGGCCGUCUAGUCAACAAAUCUACACUACUUGUUGUUUGGGUUUUUUGGUUAUUAUGGCUGCUUUGUUUUUCUUGUCACAUAUCACCACACUACUAGAAGAGGUCGAGUCGAGUUGAGUUGAAGCGGGAGUACAAGAGAGGGUGAAGCAAGCAAGGAAGCGAGCGAGCGGAGAGAGAGAGAGAGGUAGCAUGGAGGGGAGGAGAACAAGGGAAAGGGAAAGGAAUGGAGAGGA